ACUUGGUGCACUCAGACAGUUUGUGGAUUCAGAAAUGACCCAUUAACUGGAAACUAUUCCAAUUCAGAAUAUUUCUUAUAUUUGUCUCAUCAUCAUUGUCAUGGCUGAGUCUGGUUUCCCUUUACCAACAGAGGCCUACUGCCCCCUGUGUGAAGACACAUUAAAAGACCCGGUCACCAUCCCCUGUGGUGACACCUUUUGCCUGGAGUGCAUCAAGAUCUACUGGGAGCAAUUUGACCACAUGGGUGUAUACAGGUGCCCAGAGUGCCAUGCAGUCUUCACGCCGCGGCCUGUGCUGAAACAUAACCUGCCUGAUAUAAACCAUGAGCCACGGCGCCAGCUGCCUGAGCUCACUCCGUUCCCCUACAUGCACCGGGAAUCCUUCUGCGAUUUCUGCGUUGGCCGUCGCAACAAGGCUGUCAAGUCCUGUCUCAUGUGCUUGGCCUACUACUGCGAAACACAUGUCAAGCCUCAUUACGAGUCGUCUACAUUCAAGAGGCACAAGCUGGUGGAUGAGACGGGCCACCUGGACAGGAAGAUCUGCCCCCAGCAUGAGAAAGGCCUGGAGCUGUUCUGUCGCUCUGACCAGAUGUGUAUCUGUGUGCUGUGUACUGUCAGAGAGCACCGUGGCCACAACAUUAGCUCUGCAGAAGAAGAGCGCACGGAGAAGCAAUCCUGGUGGUCACCCAGUCUGAAGUCCAACGCAUCAUUCAGGAAAGAAUGAAGGAGCUGCAGGAGCUCAAGCAUAACGUGGAAGUUCUUAAAGUAAACUCAGACAUGGCUUA